AUGCAGAUGCAAAUUCAGCCGGUGCAGCGAAUGUCGUUCUCGCUGAACAACUGCCCCAAGGUGUUCGUUCAGCGAGAUUAUAGCAACGGGCUUACGGUGAAGUUCAGCACGAAACUUCCGCCGGAGUUGCAGGACAAAUUGGAUGCGAACGUUUUCGAAAAGACCGUGCAACAACUGAACGCUAUGUACGCCAAAGCCGAGCAGCUCACGGCAGAGUCUGUUUUCGAAAACGUCAUCGGUUGCUUGACUUGCUAUGUCACUCAUAUGUGUAUGACUUUCCAGUAUGAAAAGGUGCCGCAGCUGGUUCUCUAUUUCAUUUUAAAUUAA